AACACCACAGAAGAAGAGUAACGCGAUUUGAAACAUUAAAAGUCAAACCCAGAAAGCUGAGCAACAACGAAGUUAGCUCACGAAUAGCUCAAUACUUAAGUUAUUAUCCGAAAGGAAAGCCAAUCUUAUCGUAUGUCCGCUAUCCAGAACCUCCAAACCUUUGACCCCUUUGCUGAUGCAACUAAGGGUGAUGACCGCCUCCCAGCCGGGACAGACGACUACAUCCACAUAAGAAUCCAACAGCGGAACGGCAGGAAGACCCUCACCACCGUCCAGGGCAUUGCGACUGACUAUGACAAGAAGAAGCUAGUCAAGGCCUUCAAGAAGAAGUUCGCAUGCAAUGGGACAGUGAUUGAGCACCCAGAGUAUGGUGAAGUGAUCCAGCUUCAGGGUGACCAGCGCAAGAAUAUCUGCCAGUUCCUGAUGGAGAUUGACCUGGCCAAGGAGGAGCAGCUCAAAGUCCACGGCUUUUAGAAGCUGUCAGCAGCCCUCUCCCAUUCUCUCUUGGGCACCCAUUAAGUGCCCCCCCCCCCCCCCCCCCCCUUUCCUCCUAUGUGCUGCUGUUGCUCUUCCUCCCCCUCUCCCCCCUUUAGCAACCUCACCAGAUCCUGUUAUCUAACAAGUGAAUUACAGCCAUAACAUUAUGAUCGCUGAAUCAGUGAACAUCACUAAAUACACUGCCUGGCCAAAACAAAAUCUCUACUUGGAUUUAACUAAGCAAACAGGUAGUAACUUCCUAUUGGAUAAUUACUGCAUAGGUGAUUAUCUUUCAGCUGGUAACAAGUUAUUUAACUCCAUAUAAUGCAAUGAGUACCUUCUCAUUUCAUAAACAACCAUAUGGAAAAGUGCAUCCCGUGGUCAUGGAAAAGAUGUUAGUCUGUUUAAGAAGGGUCAAAUCAUUGGUGUCAAGCAGAGAAAACAUUUAAGGAGAAGCAGAAACUACUAAAAUGGGGUUAAGAACUGUCCAACACAUUAUUAAAAAUUGGAAUGAUAGUCGGGAACCAUUAUCUUCCAGGAAGAAAUGUGGUCGUAAAAACAUCCUGAACGAUGGUGAUUGGUGAUCACUUAAACGUUUGGUGAAAUCAGAUGGAAGAAAAACAACAGUAGAACUCAGGGCUAUGUUUAAUAGUGAAAGUAAGAACAUUUCCACAUUAACAAUGUGAAGGGAACUCAAGGGAUUGGGACUGAACAGCUGUGUAGGACUCUGAAGCAAUGGAAGAAGGUCAUGAGGUCUGAAGAGUCCAGAUUUACCCUAUUCCAGAGUGAUUGGAGCAUCAGUGUGAGAAGAGAGGUAGAUGAAGUGAUGCAGUCAUUAUGCCUAGUGCCUACUGUACAAGCCUGUGGGUGCAGUCUAUGAUCUGGGGUUGCUGCAGUUGAUCAGGUCUGGGUUCAGCAACAUUAUGUGUGCAAAGAAUGAGGUCAGAUGAUACCUGAAUAUACUGAAUGAACAGGUUCUUCCAUCUUCCCUUGUAGCACGGCCAUUUUAAAAGAUGGCAAAGCCAACAUUCAUGGGGCUUAGAUUGUGAAAGAGUGAUUCAGGGAACAGAAGACAUCAUUUUCACACAUGGAUUGGACACCACAGAGUCCCGACCUGAAUUCCAUUGAGAAUCUUUGGGAUGUGCUGGAGAAGGCUUUUCUCUGUGGACUCUCCCAUCGUCAAUAUAAGUUCUUAGUGAAAACUUAAUGCAACACUGGAUGGAAAUAUUGUGACAUUGCAGAAGCCUAUUGAAACAACAAAGAGAAUGCUGCCGUAAUCAAAGCUGAAGGUGGUCCAACCAAAUAAAAGAGCAUGUGACCUUCUCUCUUUUGGAGGUGACUUUUUUGCAGCGGUCAGGACUUAUCGAAAGUGGUUCAAAGAAGAAAAAACAGUGAACUGGCGACAGGGUCAUGGGUGACAGCGGCUUGUCUGUGUUGUUCAGUCUAAUAAAACUGUUAUCUAAGCUACUGUAGCAUAGAUAGCUGGAAAUGUUUACGUUGGUUCUGAGAGAAAGGUUUCAGAGCACAUGGUGCAUUGCAGUUUGUUGCGUUUGCGACUGGUUAAUCGCAGACCAGUCAUGAAUUCCCCUGUUGACCCAUGUCUACUUCCAUGUCAGCAUCAGAACGGCACCAUGGAGCAAUGAAAGAAGGUGGCCUUGUCUGAUGAGUCAUCUCUUUUCCUUCACGUGUAUGACUGUGUUUGCAUGGGCUAAGUAUCUAGAAAAGAAUUGGUACCAGAAUGUACUAUGAAAGGAAGUGAAGGCAACAUGGGCAGUGUGGCACUGGAAUCUUUGGUUCGGCAGUGUAUGUGUAUAUAUCUUUGAUGCUUUCACCUAAACAUUAUUGCUGAUUUAGUACACCUCUUCAAUGAAGUGGUAUGCCUCUUUCAGCAGGAUCAUACAAUAAUGGUUCAAGGUGUUCACUUGGCUUUCAAAUUCCUUCAUCUUAGUCCAGUUGACCAUUGGUGGUCGGUUCUGUACCAACAAUCCCAUCCACGGAAGCCCCGCCUCACAUCUUUGGGGAUUUAAAGAAACUUCUAUUAAUUUCUUGGUGCCAGAUACCACAGCAGAUUGUCAGAGGUCAGAUUGACAGGUCAGGGGUGAUUUGGGGGCAAAAGGCAAUACUCAAAUGGCUUUUAACAUUAUGGGUGGUCAUAAUGUUAUGGCUGACUGUUGUACCUCUAAUAACAUAGAACUCUUAACUCCACCAUUCCCCUACAACACCAGGGGUCAGGCACUUUCUCACAAAGAUACCUCUGCAGCUCUACGCAACAUCAGGGAUAAAUAGUGACAGCCCUUCCACACACACUUCUUCUUUCCAUCCAUCCUUUUGAUUCUUUAACUUGUGCUUAUUGACACAAGAUGUUUAAACAUAGUGUAAUGCAAUAAUUUAUAAACUAAUGAUGUUGAAAUGAUACCCUACAGUAAAAUAAAUUUAAGCUAUGGUGACGGAGGGAAUGGACAGUUUGUUUUGAAAAUUCCUUUUUUGGUUCAAUAAAGCAUGCAGUUGAUAA